UAGCAAGCAGUUGUGUAUAAUCUUGAAUAUAGCCAGUUUCCACCAUUCUUUCCAACGUGACCCGCCCAUUCGCUGCUACUGCCUGAGCUCGGUCAGGUGUUCCUUGUGCAGCGACGUAAACUUUGAAUUUGGAAAACUUACUGGAUUUUGUGUCCGGAAAAAUACAUUCGAGACCAUGCUCAGACGGAUACUUCAAAUGACUCCUGGGAAAGGAGGCUCACAGAAUGCAGAGUCAGAGCAGCCUAGCACAGACCUUAACCAUGACCAGACAUCUGAGGGCUUCAUCUGUCCUCAGUGCAUGAAGUCUCACAACUCUGCUGAGGAGCUGUUUAAGCACUAUGAACUGUUCCAUGACACCGGAGACCUCCCUGCUGACAUGGCCCCCACUCGGAAAGACCUUACAAUGCUGCAGCAAGAGGUUCAGGACCUGCAUACUUCCCUGAAGGAGGAAAGAUGGUUCUCUGGAGAGCUGAAGAAGGAGUUAGACAAAGUCCAAGGACAACUGAAGCAAAACGAUGGACAGAUGAGCUCAGAGGAUUCAGUCCUUGAAAGGAAGUUGAACGAAGCAGAGACAGAAAAGUUCAACAUCAAGCAGAUGAAAGACCUGUUUGAGCAGAAAGCUGCCCAGCUGGCCACAGAGAUAGUAGACUUAAAGUCUCGCUACGAUGAGGAGAAGAGCCUAAGAGAGGUCGCUGACCAGAGGCUGGCCACACUGACCGAACAGCUGCAGAAAGAGAAGCAGGAGAAUGAGAGACUCCAAACAGAACUGCUGCAGCGGCCGGGAGUGGAAGACGUGGAGGUCCUGCAGAAGGAGCUGGUGCAGGUGCAGACCUUGAUGGACUCUAUGACGCGUGAGAGGGAGGAGGAGUCUGAACGCCUCAAAAACCACUACGAGCAAUUGCAGGCUAAUUACACUACCUCAGAGAUUCAUAAACUGGAGAUGACCAUAUCCCAACUAAAAGCAGAGCUAGAGAAGGGUCCACAAGAAGCAGCAGUCUACACACAACAGAUCCACCAGCUGCAAAGCAAUCUGAAUAAUUUGCAGCAGCAAAGCCAGAGUCUGUCUGAAAAGCUCGCACAUAAGGAGAAGGAGCAUCGGGAACUGGAGGAGAGUCUGGGAGCUGAAAAAGCUGCCAAAAAGGAAGUCAAAGACAGCCUGAGGAAGAGGGAGCUGGAGGUCCAAGAGCUCCAGGCUUUGGCCACAGGGGCUGAGGCCUCUCUGCAGAAGACCCAGUCGGAGCUUGGAGAGAGAACUGAGGAGCUGGCAAAACUGAAGAGAGAGAUUGCAGAGCUGGAAGUGAAGCACACAGAACUGAAGGUUGAAAAGAAACAGCUGGAACAGCAGAGGGAAGAAAAAGAGAGCCAAGCUGCUGAGCAGCAGACGGAGAUCAGUCAGCUACACGCCAAACUGCUGGAGGCGGAGAGGCAGCUGGGCGAGGUGCAAGGUCGUCUGAAAGAACAGAGGCAGCUGUCUGGGGAUAAACUGAAAGACCGCGAGCAGCAAGUAGCUGACCUGCAGCUCAAACUGUCUCGUGCAGAAGAACAGCUGAAGGAGAACACCAGUAAGAACACAGACCUGCAGAACCAAGUGGCGAAAGCCAAGCAACAGCACCAGGAGCUGCAGGCGCUGCAGCAAAACACCAACGGAAAACUCCGUGAGGCUCAGAAUGACCUGGAGCAGGUGUUGCGUCAGAUUGGGGAUAAGGACCAGAAGAUUCAGAACCUGGAGGCCUUGCUCCAGAAGAGUAAAGACAUUGUGAGCCAGCUGGAAUCUGAGAGAGAGGACUUGUGUGCCAAGAUUCAGGCUGGGGAGGGAGAGACGGCUGUCCUGAACCAGCUAAAGGAGAAAAACCACGCACUGCAAGAACAGGUGACACAGUUGACAGACAAGCUAAAGAACCAGUCAGAGAGCAACAAGCAAGCCCAGGACAACCUACAUGAGCAGGUCCAGGAACAGAAGACCCUGCUGCGUUUGGCCCAGGACCGAGCCCACACCCUAGAGACCUCAGUCACUGAAGUCACCGCCCAGCUUGCAGACACCAAGGAGAAAGUUGCACAGCUGGAUUCUCAGCUGAAGGCCAAGACAGAAAUGCUGCUGUCAGCAGAGGCAGCCAAGGCUGCACAGAAGGCCAACCUGGAGAACAGCCUGGAGAGUGCUCAGCAUGCCCUGCAGGACAAGCAACAGGAACUGAAUAAAGUGCAGACGCAGGUGGCAGAGCAGGCCCAAAGGCUCAAGGAGAGACAGGAGCAGUGCACGCAGCUGGAAACGAGCCUAAAGGAAUGCAAAGACAAACUACUGGCCUCAGAAGAAUGUGUAGAACAGCUUGAGGGACUCACAAAGAAAUUAGAGUCACAAGUCGGGGAGCUGCAGGCUGCACGAGAUCAGGUGCAACAGGAAGUGCAAAAGCUUCAGAAGGAGGGGUCAGAAAUUAAGCGAAAGGCUAAGGAGCUGCAGUGCUCGCUGGAAACAGAGAAAGCAGGGGCUACAACACUACAAGAAGAAUUAAAGAAAAAGGCAGCUGCUUUGAGUGACAUCCAACAGCAGCUGGAGCACUGUGAGCAGGAUAAAGCUGCUCUGAAGGUGAACCUGGACAAGGUGACCCAGGAGGGAAAGACCCAGCAGGCAGAGCUGGACAGGAAAGCUCAGAGUCUGUCCGCAGACCUACAGAAGGCCCAACAGGAGAAAGAAGCUCAAAGGAAAGAGCUCGCCUCUAUGCAGGAGAACUUAGGAAAUGCAAAUAGGGCACUGAAAGAGAGUCAGAGUCUACUGGAUACAGAGAAGAAGAGCCACAAGUCAGCCAUGGAGGAGAAGGAAAAGUCCAAUGAAAAAGCCAGAAAAGAGCUUCUUAAGAAUAAUGAGGCCAUCACCAAGGCAAUGAAAGAGUCUAAAGAGCAGCUGGAGCAGAUGAGACAGGCAGAGAAGAAGCUGACAGUGCAGCUGACAUCAUUAGAGCAGCAGCACUCAAAGACUCUGGAGACACUGAAGGAAAAGGAGAAUGAGAUGGAGAAGCUGCAGACACAACUGAGGACAGCCCAGGGGUCCUUUGAAGAGGACAUGAAGAAACUGAAGGGCCAAAUGGCAGGUUUACAAGAAGCCAGUGUCAAGAAAGCAGAAGAGGAGAAAAAGCUGAGGGUACAGGUGUCAGGGCUAGACCAGGAGCUGACCUCUGAAAAGAGCCGGACAGCUGAGCUGCAGAAGGCUUUGGAGCAAAGUCAGGAACACUUCGCUAAACUUCAGUCUGACUUCUACGGCAAAGAGUCUGAGGUUUCUGCCCUGCGUCAAGACCUCAAGGCAUCCGAGGGGAAGCUGAACUUGGCCCAGGAGGAGCUGGCUGCUAACCGAACCCAUCAGACAGGUCUAGAGGCUCAGAUUCAGGAACUGAAGACAGGCAGGAGCUCACUGGAGCAGGAGCUCACCAAACGUGACCAGAAGCUCCAUCAGCAGCAGGAGCUACAAAAGCAACAGGGCCAAAUCAAGCAGGAACUGGAGAAGGAGAAGAGCAAAGUGGAGGAGCUGAACAAAGCCACGAGUGUCCUGGAAAAGAAGAACACCAACUUAACUUCUGACUUAAAAGCACUAAUGGAGAAGAGUGAGAAGGAGCUGGGUGAGUUGCAGGAAGCCAAACAGCUGUUGAUCCAACAGAAACUGGAGCUGCAGGGUCAGGUGGAGACGGCGCGCAGAACCCUCGAGAAGGAGCAGAAGGAGCACCAGGCCACCAAGGACAGCAGGAGCAAGAGAGAGGAGCAGCUACUCGCCCAGACCAAGGAUGUCAAGGAUCAGUUGGCAGCAGAGAAGCAAGCCAGAGAGGAGCAGGUGAAGCGCGGAGAGGAGGCGGAAGCUAAGCUUGGCGUGCAGGUGACGGCUCUGAAUGAAAACGUGGCCACGCUAAAGAGAGAGUGGCAGGGCAGCCAGCGGAGAGUCAGCGAACUGGAGAAGCAAACAGAUGAGCUGAGAGGAGAGAUCGCUGUGCUCGAGGCCACCGUCCAGAACAACCAAGACGAGAGACGGGCUCUUUUAGAAAGAUGUGUAAAGGGUGAAGGUGAGAUAGAGAAACUGCAGGCCAAGGUGGUGGAGCUGAGGAGGAAGCUGGACGACACAACUGCCGCGAUGCAGGAGCUGGGCAGAGAGAACCAGUCGCUCCAGAUCAAGCAGUCCCAAUCGCUGACCAGGAAGUGGGCAGAGGAUAACGAAGUGCAGAACUGCAUGGCCUGCGGCAAAGGCUUUAGUGUCACUGUCAGGAAGCACCACUGCAGACACUGUGGGAACAUUUUCUGUGCUGAGUGCUCAUCCAAGAACGCCUUCACACCAUCCUCUAAAAAGCCAGUACGGGUGUGUGAGACCUGCUUUGAGGAGCUCCAAGGCUGAGUUCCCUCUCAUCCCUUUACACCCCACCGCCCUCAUCCCUUCCUUUCCCGUUCCAGCAGGCAGAACUAGGCGUGUCCUUGUCAUAUUUAAUGUGCACUAUAAAGGACAGAUCCAGUGCAUGACUUGUGGCUGUGGUGCGGAGGGAAAUAACACACCAGAGUCAUGCAGUGGGAUGGGGUGGGCUCGGUUGGGAUUGUCUGUAUCUGUUUUUGUGCCUUUGCUACUCCUGUGGAUUGCCAGACAGCGGCGACAGUGCGAACAGAACACCAUCCAUCUCUUUUAUUCAUAUUCACAUCUCAUUCAUCGUUUGCCAUCAGUAGCAGUUGGACGUGGGCUGCUGCUUCUAUACAUUAUGAAAUGUUUGGCGUGUUGUCAGGAGGUGUAAGGUUAUUGUGACAUUGCAGGAACUCACUGCUGCCCUACAAAGAUAAAUGCAGGUAACUGUUUUGUUCAAAAACAAUUCCUGUAAAUGCCCCAUGUAAUCUGGCGUCUGUGUAAAACUAUGAAUCGGAUCACUGACAUCUAAAUUGAAAUUUUUAUAGCAAGAAAGUUAAACUUAAGCAAUCAUCAAGUUCAAAAUAUUUUUGUAAAAUUUUGCAGUUUAACAUACCGAACUGUAUUUGAUGUGUGUAAUGCAGAUUUGACAUGUUUAACACUGUGUGCCGCAGAAGCUUUAGUUUAUCAGCUGAAGUCAGACAGAUGUACACUGUUUUGAAGAUUCGGUAAACGCUGGUUACAGCUGGAGAUUUUAGGAACAACAUGUUUUUUUUUUUCAUAUAAAUCUCCAACUUUUAAAUUUAACUUACCUGAGGGAAAACUUCAUCAGUUGAUGUACCAGUGACUUGCCGUCAUGUCUGUCAUUCCAUGUGUCCCUUGUUGUGGCAGUGCAUUUGUGAACUUGUUGAAAUUAAUGUAUUCAGCCUAUUUCAUGACCAAAGCAUGUCC